CUCCAACAUUGGGAAAUGGCGAAGGCAAUUAGAUUCUUCGAGCUCAACACUGGGGCUAAGAUGCCUUCCGUUGGUCAGGGGACAUACCAGGCUGAUCCUGGCGUUGUUGCCAAUGCAGUUACUACUGCUAUUAAGGUCGGGUACAGGCACAUCGAUUGUGCUCAAGCUUACUACAAUCAAGCAGAGAUUGGUUCUGCUCUUAAGAAACUGUUUGAUGAAGGAAUUGUGAAACGUGAAGACUUAUGGAUCACCUCCAAACUCUGGUGCGCAGAUCAUGCUCCUGAGGACGUACCAAAGGCGUUGGAUAAAACUCUAAAGGAAUUGCAGCUUGACUACCUAGAUCUCUAUCUGAUACACUGGCCAGUGAGAAUGAAGAAGGGAUCGGUGGGACUCAAGCCUGAGAAUCUGGCGGAAACAAAAACAGACAUAGCGAGCACGUGGAGAGCGAUGGAAGCGGCGUACGAGUCCGGUAAGGCGAGAGCAAUCGGAGUGAGCAAUUUCUCGACGAAGAAGCUGAAUGAGCUGCUGCAGAUUGCAAGAGUGCCUCCUGCUGUGAAUCAAGUGGAAUGCCACCCCCUGUGGCAGCAGCCCAAGCUCCAUGAAUUCUGUGCAUCCCAUGGAGUUCACAUCUCUGUGAGUACAUACAACACCACCCUAAAUCCACAGCUCCAAUUAUCAACAAGGGGGCAAAAUCUAUCAAAAUAUAUAUAG